UGUCUAAAUGGAGGCACAUGCAUAACUGGAUAUAAAAACUUUACUUGCAUCUGUAAAAAUGGUUUUAAAGGUGAAAACUGUUCAUUUGUGUGUGAAAACAUGGACUUAAUGUUUGUAUUAGAUGACUCAGGAAGUGUCAAAAAAGAAAACUUCAACUUGAUGAAACAGUUUGUGAAAAGUGUUGCAUCAUCAUACGCAAUCAGCAAUGAUGGAGUUCGUGUUGGUGCGAUUAAAUUCGCUAAAUAUGUUCAUAAUGAAUUUGAUUUAGACAAAUACGGCGAUAUAAAUGGUGUAAAUAAAGGAAUUGACGGAAUUUCUUACAGUGAUGGUUCAUCAACCCGUACGCAUAAAGCUUUAAAGUACUUGAGGACAGAUUCUUUCACAGACAAGUCCGGUGACAGAAAACAUGUUCCGAACGUGGCUGUUCUUAUCAGUGAUGGUAAAUCGUCUGAUGGAAAGGAAACAAUAAAGGAAGCAGAGAAGUUAAAGAGUAUGGGAGUUGAAGUCUAUACUAUUGGUGUCGGCAAUGCUGACGAAAAAGAACUCAAGCAGAUCGCCAGCAGCCCGAUUUCGAGUCAUCAUUUCUCUGUAAAAUCGUUUGAAGAUUUAGACCAGCUCAAAGAUAUAUUACAGCAAGAGACAUGUAAAGACCGUGAUUUUUGUCUAAGUAGUCCUUGCAAAAACGGAGGAACGUGUUCCAGUAAUAGCACCGGUUUCACAUGCUCUUGUACAGAACAGUAUGAAGGAAAUGAUUGCACCAUAGAUAAAUAUUCCUUAGAAGCAUGUGGAAAAGCCGAUAUAGCAUUUGCUUUAGAUUAUUCUAAAAGUGUCGGUUCAAGUCAUUUCAAGACUGCUAAAUCUUUCGUUAAGAAUAUCACAUCGUCUUUUAAUAUCGGUGCUGACGGUGUUCGUACUGGAGCCAUAUCUUUCGGCAAAUACGUUUCUGAGAACUUUAAAUUAAAUGCGUAUACUACGUUAGAUGAGGUUCAAGCAGCAGUUGAUAAAAUUAGCUAUCGUGGAACGUAUCCAACAUAUACAUACAAAGCUUUGAGCGCCCUAAGACAAUCAAUGUUUAGCACUAAAUACGGCAAUAGACCAGGUGUUCCCGACAUUGCUAUAAUAAUCACAGAUGGAAUUAUAAGGGAAAAGUCCAAAGCAUUUGAAGAAGCCGAGCGACUACGAAAUGCGGGCGUCACCGUUUAUACGAUUGGCGUCGGAGAUGUUAAACGGGAUGAACUUGAAGAAAUCGCCAGUCGUCCAAGUUCCGAUCAUACAUUUAUAGUGAAAGAUUUCGAUCAUCUAAACGAUAUCAAGAAAACAAUGCUUGAAAGAAUAUGUGAAAGCAUCAAAUCUCAGUUCUGCCAUUUUCGUAUUCGACACCGUCCGCGAAUUCUUGAGGAUUUAAAAGAAGAGAACUUCCGUGAACGACUACAUCAAUGUAUUGCCAAAAACUGCCGCUAUUUGUCUAGUAUAGGUCUUAAAACCUAUUCAGUGCUUUGCUAUUUGGUCAAUAUAGUGUCAUUGAAAUCCAUUGAAAGUAAUUCGAAUUGUCAAACAAAUUAUGCCGACAUUAUGUUUGCUUUGGAUGAGUCUGGCAGUAUUCAAGCGCAUAACUUUGAAAUAAUGAAAAAUUUUACAAAAGAAAUCAUUAAACAUUUUCCAAUUAGCUCCGAAAAUGUCCGAGUAGGUGUUCUUACAUUCAGCUUCUCUGUUAAAUAUGAGUUUAACUUGAACUCAUAUUUUAAUAAGGAAGAAAUAUUCAAAAGAAUUGACAAAAUCCAUUACGCUACAGGAGGUACAAUGACGCAUUUAGCAUUGAAUAGUUUAAGAGUCCGUUCAUUCACAAAAAAAUACGGAGACAGGAAGAAUGUCCAAAAUAUUGCCAUCUUAAUGACUGACGGAAGUUCAAACAGACCACGCGAUACAAAAAACGCUGCUAAAACACUACGUGAAACUGGUACGAUGGUGUUUGCUAUUGGUAUACAAAACUCUAAUAAAGCAGAAAUUGAAGAAAUUGCAAGCAAACCUAGCUCAGAAUUUACGUUUUCGGUUGAAAAAUUUGGAGCUUUGAAAAAUAUUGUAAACAAACUCGUUUCACAAACGUGCCUAUAUAUUCCCUGCAGCACCAAUCCGUGUAAAAAUGGUGCCACAUGUACAAACAAAGGAACCGAUUUCCAUUGUCAAUGUCGUCCGGGAUACAAAGGAAAGGAUUGUUCUAUAGUUGAUCCAUGCAGUAGCAAUCCAUGUCAGAAUGGAGCUAAAUGUACAAACAAGGGAGAUAAGUUCGAAUGUCAAUGUGUCCCAGGAUACGGAGGAAGUGAUUGUUCUACAGUUGAUCCAUGCAGUAGUAAUCCUUGUCAGAACGCAGGUAAAUGUGAAAACAAUGGACAAGGGUUCAAAUGUAAAUGUGUCCCGGGAUAUAGAGGAGACGAUUGCUCUAUAGUUGAUCUAUGCAGUAGUAAUCCUUGUCAGAACGAAGGUAAAUGUGAAAACCAUGGACGAGAGUUCCUAUGUAAAUGUCUCCCGGGAUACAGAAAUUACGAUUGUUCUAUAGUUGAUCCAUGCAGUAGUAAUCCCUGUCAGAAUGAAGGUAAAUGUACAAACAAGGAAGAUAAAUUCGACUGUGAAUGUGUCCCAGGAUAUAGAGGAGAGGACUGUUCUAUAGUUAAUCCAUGCAGUAGGAAUCCAUGUCAGAAUGAAGGCAAAUGUACAAACAAGGGGGAUAAGUUCGAAUGUGAAUGUGUCCCCGGAUACAGAGGAGAUGAUUGUUCAAUAGUUGAUCCAUGCAGUAGCAAUCCAUGUCAGAAUGGAGGUAAAUGUACAAACAAGGGAGAUAAGUUCGAAUGUGAAUGUGUCCCAGGAUACAGAGGAGACGAUUGUUCCAUAGUUGAUCCAUGCAGUAGCAAUCCAUGUCAGAAUGGAGGUAAAUGUACAAACAAGGGAGAUCAGUUCGAAUGUGAAUGUAUCCCAGGAUACAGAGGAGACGAUUGUUCCAUACUUGAUCCAUGCAGUAGCAAUCCAUGUCAGAAUGGAGGUAAAUGUACAAACAAGGGAGAUAAGUUCGAAUGUGAAUGUGUCCCAGGAUACAGAGGAGACGAUUGUUCCAUAGUUGAUCCAUGUAGUAGUAAUCCGUGUAAGAAUGGAGGUAAAUGUACAAACAAGGGAGAUAAGUUCGAAUGUGAAUGUGUCCCAGGAUACAGAGGAGACGAUUGUUCUAUAGUUGAUCCAUGCAGUAGCAAUCCAUGUCAGAAUGGAGGUAAAUGUACAAACAAGGGAGAUAAGUUCGAAUGUGAAUGUGUCCCAGGAUACAGAGGAGACGAUUGUUCUAUAGUUGAUCCAUGCAGUAGCAAUCCGUGUAAGAAUGGAGGUAAAUGUACAAACAAGGGAGAUAAGUUCGAAUGUGAAUGUGUCCCAGGAUACAGAGGAGAAGACUGUUCUAUAGUUGAUCCAUGCAAUAGCAAUCCAUGUCAGAAUGGAGGUAAAUGUACAAACAAGGGAGAUAAAUUCGAAUGUGAAUGUGUCCCAGGAUACAGAGGAGAUGAUUGUUCCAUAGUUGAUCCAUGCAGUAGUAAUCCGUGUAAGAAUGGAGGUAAAUGUACAAACAAAGGAGAUAAGUUCGAAUGUGAAUGUGUCCCAGGAUACAGAGGAGAAGACUGUUCUAUAGUUGAUCCAUGCAGUAGCAAUCCAUGUCAGAAUGGAGGUAAAUGUACAAACAAGGGAGAUAAGUUUGAAUGUGAAUGUGUCCCAGCAUACAGAGGAGAUGAUUGUUCCAUAGUUGAUCCAUGCAGUAGUAAUCCGUGUAAGAAUGGAGGUAAAUGUACAAACAAGGGAGAUAAGUUCGAAUGUGAAUGUGUCCCAGGAUACAGAGGAGAAGACUGUUCUAUAGUUGAUCCAUGCAGUAGCAAUCCAUGUCAGAAUGGAGGUAAAUGUACAAACAAGGGAGAUCAGUUCGAAUGUGAAUGUAUCCCAGGAUACAGAGGAGACGAUUGUUCCAUAGUUGAUCCAUGCAGUAGUAAUCCGUGUAAGAAUGGAGGUAAAUGUACAAACAAGGGAGAUAAGUUCGAAUGUGAAUGUGUCCCAGGAUACAGAGGAGAAGACUGUUCUAUAGUUGAUCCAUGCAGUAGCAAUCCAUGUCAGAAUGGAGGUAAAUGUACAAACAAGGAAGAUCAGUUCGAAUGUGAAUGUGUCCCAGGAUAUAGAGGAGACGAUUGUUCCAUAGUUGAUCCCUGCAGUAGCAAUCCGUGUAAAAAUGGAGGUAAAUGUACAAACAAGGGAGAUAAGUUCGAAUGUGAAUGUGUCCCAGGAUACAGAGGAGAAGACUGUUCUAUAGUUGAUCCAUGCAGUAGCAAUCCAUGUCAAAAUGGAGGUAAAUGUACAAACAAGGAAGAUAAGUUCGAAUGUGAAUGUGUCCCAGGAUACAGAGGAGAUGAUUGUUCUAUAGUUGAUCCAUGCAGUAGUAAUCCGUGUAAGAAUGGAGGUAAAUGUACAAACAAGGGAGAUAAGUUUGAAUGUGAAUGUAUCCCAGGAUACAGAGGAGAAGACUGUUCUAUAGUUGAUCCAUGCAGCAGCAAUCCGUGUAAGAAUGGAGGUAAAUGUACAAACAAGGGAGAUAGGUUUGAAUGUGAAUGUGUUCCAGGAUACAGAGGAGAUGACUGUGCAAUAGUUGAUCCUUGCAAUAGCAAUCCAUGUCAGAACGAAGGUAAAUGUACAAACAAGGGCGAUAAGUUCGAUUGCGAAUGUGUCCCGGGGUUCAGAGGAGAAGACUGUUCUAUAGUUGAUCCAUGCAGCAGCAAUCCAUGUAAGAACGGAGCUAAUUGUACUAACAUGGGAAAUAAAUUCGAAUGUACAUGUGUCCCAGGAUACAGAGGAGAAGACUGUUCUAUAGUUGAUCCUUGCAGUAGCGAUCCGUGUCAGAAUGGUGCUACAUGUACAAACAAUGGAAAUAAGUUCGAAUGCCAAUGUCCCCCAGAAUACAAAGGAAAUGACUGUUCUAUCGAGCGGCCUCCAUGCAUUUGUAGCACGUCAGGUGAUUCAAACUACAAGACAUUUGACGGUCAAAUGAUACAUUUUAUUGGUACUUGCUCAUACACAAUGUCGGCAAGUAAACCGGGUUACAAUUCGACAACAUUUGCAGUUGAAGUUCAAAGCAUAAAGAAAGACAGCAAAGGACUCUUUAACCGUAUCGUAGAUGUGAAACUACCAACAAAUGCAAUCCGUAUUUUACCAUUCAGUGGAAUUUUGGUCAAUUCAGUAAAGAAAUCUCUGCCAAUAAUUGACAAUAAAGAAUUUUCUGCGUAUUUUUCUGUUGGUUCCAUAACACUAACAACCGAUUGGGGUUUAAUUGUAAGAUUCGAUAGAACGCAUCAAGUUUCUGUGACUCUUCCGCCUUCAUUUACGAACAAAGUGACGGGAAUUUGUGGUGAUUGCAACGAUAAGAAAGAUGAUUACCGCACAAAGUCUGGCAAACCUCUGUCGCAUAAUCCUGCAGAUUUCGAAAGAUUAGGAGAAAGUUACAGAGUUUUCGAUGCUAAUAACUCCACAUGCUAUACUAAAGAGGUAAUACAAAACUGCUCAGAAUCGCAUGAAUGUGACAUAUUUAAAAGCCCAGUAUUCGAAGAAUGUGCCAAAAAACUGGGAAAAGAUCGAAUCGAUGAAUUUCAAGAAGCUUGUCAAGUGGAUACGUGCUCUUAUGUACACAACAAAGUGAAUAAAAAGAUGUCUUUUUGUAGAGUGAUGGAAGUAUUCGCAAAAGAGUGUCGUAAUGCAGGGGCCGAAGUCGAGUGGACCAUAUCAAAAUGCUCCCAAUUUUGUCCCAACAACCAAGAAUACAAGACCAAAGUGUUAACUUGUCAACCAUCUUGUACUGAUAAAUCACCUAACUGCAAUACUUACACCGAAGGCUGUGUGUGCAAACCUGGAUUUAUUCUCAGUGGAGAAGAGUGUAUUCCCGAAUCAGAGUGUGGUUGUUUGAAGGCAAAUUUCUAUAUGACUCUGGACGAAGAGAUCUAUUCGCAUGAUUGUCUUACAAAGACUGUAUGUCACCAAGGAGGUGCAAUGAAAAGUAUUCAAAUACCUGGUUGUUCUUUAAAUAAACAUUGUUCUUUGAAAGAUGGUGAAUAUGGUUGCAUAUGCAGCAAAGACUAUACACUGUACAAAGGAAAGUGUGAAAAGCUAGGACUGGGUAAAUUUAUUCGAGUCCAAUUAGCAUGGUUAAAUAGGGAUUCCUAUUACUCGUAUUCCACUUCACAUCCUAACUUGUGUCUUCAGACAUGUCUCCAGCAUGAUCGAUGUAAGUCCGCUAACUACGAUAACGAGAAAGAAAUAUGUGAACUCUUCCGAACAACUGCAGCAGAAAAACCUUUAAAUCGUACUGAUUGUCCAGCAAAAGAUUAUUAUCAACUUAAAGAAAGUAAAAAUAUAAUUAAGGGAGCCAGCAUUAGAGGGUGUCAUCGAUUAGUAAGCGCUACUGGUGUUGCUAACGAAGAAUGUGCAAAAGAAUGCAAAAAGAAGCAAUGCGAAGCAUUCGAAUAUUCUGAAGAAACGAAAUCCUGUAAUUUACUGCUUUCAGCGGACAAAGACUAUUUUGACCUUGUGGGUAACGAACACUGGACCUUUUAUGAUUGGUAAAUUUCAUCUUACAUGUAGGAAGAACAUUAAAUAAGCGUACAACUCUGAUGUGGAUAAUCUAGGACCUAGGUUUCGAACGUUCCAAAUUACGUUAAUGUAAAUUUGAUUAGUUCACAUCGGCUAGAUACACCGAGACAAAAUUUCAAAUGUCGCUACAUCAAUGCCAGUAUAUACUCGUCUGAACGCCUAGCCAUUAACAUACCGAAAACAUAUAUAUAUAUAAAUUAAAUCUAGAGAAUCUACUAGAAGAAAUGCAAGCGCUAGUUUAUAAAAACAUGUGACAUAUUAAUAAAAAUCUGUAAAUGUACAACCA